AUGCCCAUCUUCAAGCUAUCGGCCACUUUGCAAGGCCACGAGGACGACGUGCGCGCCUUGUGCUCGCCCGACCCGGACACGCUCGUGUCCGGCUCCCGCGACUCCACCGUGCGUGUGUGGCGGCGAAUUGACCCGCGUCGGUGGUCAGAGCCCACCAUCAACUACAAGUCCGCCAAGUUCGUCAACAGCCUGGCUUGCUACAAACACGCCGGCGAGACGUUCAUAGUGAGCGGCGGCAACGACGCGCUCGUCAACCUGACACUCGUCGACGCCACGUUCGACUGGGUCGACCCGGCGUACGUCCUCGUGGGCCACCAGAACAACGUGUGUGCGCUCGCGUGCAAGGACGGCCUGAUCAUGAGUGGCUCGUGGGACAGCACCGCGAAGGUGUGGCGCAAGGACGGCACCGUGGUGUACGAGCUCAAGGGCCACGAGAACUCUGUGUGGGGGGUCCAGCUCGUGUCGGCGACGCAGUUUGUCACGUGCGGGGCAGACCGCACGAUCCGGGUCUGGAACGGCGCGACACAGGUGCGGCAGUGGGUCGCCCACACAGACGUCGUGCGCGACGUGCUUGUGCUGCCCGACGGCACCCUCGCUUCGUGCUCCAACGACACCACCGUCAAGCUGUGGACGCUGGACGGAGACCUGCUGCAGACGCUCCACGGCCACCAGAACUUUGUGUACUCGCUCGCGGUGCUGCCGACGGGUGAGCUCGUGAGCUCCGGAGAAGACCGCACGAUCAGGGUCUGGGACAGGGCCGGCACGUGCGUCCAGACCAUCACGCUGCCCUGCAUCUCUGUGUGGAAGGUGAUUGCGCUCGAGAACGGCGACAUUGCGGCCGCGUCGAGCGACGCGCAGGUGCGCAUCUUCACGAGGGUCGGCAAGCGGGUCGCCGCGCGCGAGCUGCUCGACAAGUUCGAGGCAGAUCUCCAGAACUCCACCGUCAACGACUCGGUGUACAACGUCAACAAGGACACUCUCCCGGGCAGAGACUCGCUGAAACAGCCGGGCACAGGCGAAGGAGAGACCCGGAUGGUCCGCACCGAAAUCGGCACCGUCGAGGUGUACCAAUGGAACGAGUCCAAGUGGAGCAAGGUCGGCGAGGUUGUGAAUUCCACUUCGACAGACAAAAAGAAAGAGUUCAACGGCCAGUUUUACGACUACGUGUUCGACGUCGACAUUGCCGACGGGCAGCCGCCGCUGAAGCUGCCGUACAACACCAACGAGAGCCCGUAUGCGGUGGCAGACAAGUUCCUGCUCGACAACAACCUGCCGGCCUCGUACUCGCAGCAGGUGGUGGACUUCAUUCUUGCCAACACUGGCGGCGCCAGUCUGGACCAGCAAUCGGGUCCUGGCUCCUCGGAGCCGUACCAGGACCCAGCGUACCAGAAACAGGGCAUUUUGCCUCAGACAGAGUACUUGCAAUUCUCGAAACUGGACGAGACCAAGAUCCGGACCGGGUUCGCGAAACUAAACGCCAAACAGGCUGUGCAGAACCAGAUCGAGCCUGUGGAGUUCGAGACGUGCAUGAACUGCCAGGACUUCAAGCAGCUGGCGAUUCUGGCCGGCCAGAUGAUCUCGAACUGGGACGCCAGCUCCAAAUUGCUUGGGUUUGACAUUCUGCGGUUCACCAUUCUGCACACGCCGCCGUUCGAGACGCUGUUCGAGCUGAUCAAGAUCGGGCUCACGUCGCAGUCGCCCAAGGUGGUCAUGAUGACGAUCCGACUACUGGUCAACAUCUUCAGUGCGAAGCAGUGGGGGGAGCGCGUGUUUGCGGACCCGGACCUGAUGGAUGUGAUCUUUUUGGACGACAUCUUGGACGCUCUCAAAAUAGAGAAGCUGAUGAGCAUCACGGUGGCCACGUUUGUGCUCAACUACGCCGUGUUCAUCCGCAAGCUGCGGGACCAGACGCUGUACACGAAGCUCGCGGCCGUGAUCAACAAGUUUGGCGUCGCUCUAGCCCGCGACGAGGAGUCCGCGUACCGGCUGUUGGUGGCGAUCGGCACUCUCAAGCCGCUGGGCACCAAGAUAGACGCCGCCGUGACCGCCGAACUGCAAAAAUACAAAAGCCCGCGUUUCGACGCGCUCUGGACAGAAAUCAAAUAG